CAUUUCCUUGUUUUGCAUCGUCGGAUCUUUUGCCGCGUCCUUCUUUCUCACUAGACAGAAUCGGAUGUAUAGGCAGGAAUUUGCCGACACAACAGUGAGCCAAGAACGGUGCACCGAUGAUGAAAUAUUGCCAAAACAAAAGUAUUGUAGGUCAUAUUUCUCAGUGGGUGACAGGAUCUGUAUUUGGCACUAACUCUCUCGCGACUGUGUACGGUCUUCUGUAUGCUAUGCUGCUGUGAGGGUGAGUAUUUGGUUUUUGAUGGACCUCCGUCAUUCACGAAAGUCCUGUUCUUCUGCAGCAUGGUGUAUUUCAUAAUUGCGUUCUCUUACCAGGUCUUCACGCCCACGCCAACCACCACCCUCGCGAUCACUGGGAGCGCAUGCGGCGUUGUGGCGCUUGUCACACUGUGGCUCGUAAGCACGGCGAGAGAUUUCCAUAUUUUGCCGUGGUUGCAAGCGCGGCUUGGGGCUUUCAAAGACAAAUGUCGGAUACAAAAUCGGAUAUGAUGUUGGCCACGACCUCGAUAGCGACUCGGUCGAGCUAAAUUCUGAUCAAUGAUUUGGUGUACUAUGAAUGUGCGCCAGCUUCUAUAUCAGACAUCCCACAGCACUAUAGCUACUUAUGUUGCUAGACCUUAUAAUUGCACCUACAUUUGUACCGCAUCAAUGAUCCUGUCUGUCAAUUCAACACUGUUGCUUGCGUCUAUAAUAUUCCACGC